CGCCGGCUGCUGCCUAGAGAGCCAGACACAGAGCAAGAAGCGGAGGCAGGGCGCAGCAGAAGCUGUCAGAAGAGGUGGGGAAUUGAGUCCCAGAGAGAGAGAAAAAAAGAAGGCAAGCAGGAGCUGGGCUUGGGCACAAAGCAGUCCCCAAGCCUGGGUGCGGACACCUGCUUUCUUGAAAAGACUGGUGAAGCAAAAAGGCCUUAGCCAGAGCUGCUUCUCAGGAAGGGGCAUUCCCGAAGAAGACUGUCCUGACCACACCCUGCCACCAGCUGCCUGGAAAGACUGUCAGGAGGUGACAUCCUCCUUGGACAUUAAAAAAGAACUCCUGUCAGAGAAACUGUUGGCGAAAGUUCAGUACAUCUCAGCAGGAUCUUCUGUACCACGCAAGCUGCUGGGAAGAAGUCCCCACGUGUCUAAAGAAAGUUUAGGACCAGCCCCAAGACCGGUGGCUUGGACACCAGACCUGUCUUUCUGAAAGGAGACUGCGCAGCAGGAUGACUGAAAACUCUACCACGGCACCUGCUGCCAAACCCAAGCGGGCCAAGGCAGUCAAGAAGUCCACAGACCACCCCAAGUACUCUGACAUGAUUGUGGCCGCCAUCCAAGCUGAAAAGAGCCGGGCUGGUUCUUCACGCCAGUCUAUCCAGAAAUACAUCAAGAGCCACUACAAGGUAGGGGAGAAUGCAGAUUCCCAAAUCAAACUGUCCAUCAAGCGGUUGGUCACAACAGGUGUCCUAAAGCAGACCAAGGGUGUCGGGGCUUCAGGUUCCUUCCGCCUGGCCAAGAGUGAUGAACCCAAGAAGGCUCCAGUCAAGAAGGCCAAAAAGGAAGUCAAGAAGGCUACAACACCCAAGAAAGCCGCUAAGCCCAAGAAAGCUGCUGCCAAGUCACCGGCCAAAAAGCCUAAGCCUGCAGCAAAGAAAGCCAAAAAGAAGCCAGCACCUGCUCCAAAGAAAGCCAAGAAACCAAAGACUGUCAAGGCCAAGCCGGUGAAGGCCUCCAAGCCUAAAAAAGCAAAAGCCUCCAAACCCAAAGCAAAGUCCAGUGCAAAGAAGUCAACCAAGAAAAAGUGAGGGGCAAGUUUGGGACUUCUUUCUUGGAACUUCUUCUUGACCUCUAUUCUGUAAAUAGAUUUCUUCUUUAUUCUCUACUCAUUUCUAUUGCAGCUUUAUAAAGACUGAACAAUUCUUGCCCUAUACUUUAAAAAAAAUAUUCAUAUGAAAGCUACAUUGGGGGUUUGGUUUUGUUUUUCUAUUGUAAUUUGAAAGAUUUUUAUGUCAUUAUUUUAUUUCCCUUCUCUAUUAAGGUAUGCAAUACAUGUGUCUAAGCAUGAGGGAAGAUUAAUGAGGGAAAUCUUGGUGUUCUUAUUUUUGGAGGAAGAUUUGAGAAAUAUUUGAUGGAGGGGAUGUAUUAUGGGUGGGCCUUCUUUAAUUGGAUCUCCUCAACUGAAUAUACCCACAACUGAUCAUUGUAACUGGCUAUUAAGAAAAACAACUUUGUUUUAUCAUGGAUGAAUAAGCUUCCAAUUUAGCUAAUAUGGUGGAUGAUUGUUUCUAGACCUAGUGAAGGCUGGAUUGGUUGAGGUUAAUAAGCUUUCCACUGACUUCAUUCUUUCAGAGGGGGACUGUGCUAUUUACAGGGAAGAUUGAAAUGGGGUCAGUGAAAAAUACUGCAAAUAUUUGAAUUUCUCCCUCUUUAAUAUUUGUACAUGUUGGCCACAUUUCUGUUCCUCAAAAGAGAAUAGAAAUAAUCAGGAGGGGGUGUGUACACAGACUCUGACCACCAUCUGGUUCUGGCAAUUUCAAGAGAAAGUGUUACAAAAGCGAUCCAUUACCUGCUAUUGGAAUUUGGAUGCCUCCCAAUUCUGCAGUGUCUGCCACCUAAAAUUACAACUUUUAUAUAAGGAGUAUAAUCUACAAGAUUCCUCCCGACUGUCACUUUUUAAUGAUGGUCUUUUGAAGGUAAGGGAGGAAGAACAAAUGUUAGGGGAUAAUAGAUAACACAAACGUAGCCAAUAUUGAAUCUAGGAAGCUGUAUACAAUUAUCGCUAAGGUUUGGAAUGUUUUUCCCCAAGAGGGGAGUGGAAAACAUAAUUUUAAGUACUCCAGAUUUUAAAAAUUAAGUAUGCUUAUGUUUAAACAAAAGAAAAUUCUUAUAGGAUUGAUAUCUGAUUGUUCAUUUUACUUUGUAUGUGUAAUUUUGUGCAAGGAAGAUUUAGCUGUCUUUGUAAUUUUAGGGUUUAAAAUAAAAUGUAAAACGAA